AUGAAGUCUCCUAUUCGAGUUCCCCGGCUCUCCUCUCAAUCGCCAUAUAUCUGCAACACUUGUCUCUCUCGCGUCCUCCCCACCGCUAGACUCGCCACCCACCGCUUUUCCUCCAGCUCCAGCAAUCCUCCUUCCCCUCCCUCAUCAGCCUACGCAUACCUCCCCUCACGUCGCCUGAUAGCUCUCACUGGCCCGGACUCAACCCACUACCUCCAAGGUGUCAUAUCCGCGAACGUUUCACCCUCCCCUCCACGCACAAGCGGUGGUUUCUACGCUGCCUUUCUGAAUGCCGCUGGCCGUCUCCUCAACGAUGUCUUCAUCUACCCAUACACCGAGCCUGGUAAAGAAGCCGGGAAAGGUGAAGGCUGGUUGAUUGAGGUGGAUGCGAAGGAGGCUGUGGUGCUGGCGAAGCAUAUUAAGAGGUACAAGUUGAGGGCGAAGUUUGAUGUUAGGGUUUUGGAUGUUGGAGAGAGGGGUGUGUGGAGUGUGUGGGAGGAGGGGGGCAAAGAUGGGUGGACGAUGCAUUCUUUGGGUGGAGAGGAGUCAGAAUCUGGUACGGCUCCAACAUUGAGUUCAGUGGGAGGGAAGGAGGGAGUUAUCUCCUGUCCUGAUAAACGUGCGCCGGGCAUGGGACGACGUCUUCUCCUCCCUGGCGGCUCGAAGCCAGAGGUCGACGUUCAGGAGACAACCGAGGAUGUCUACCGAGUCAGAAGAUAUCUCAAGGGUGUAGCUGAGGGACAGGAUGAGCUAGUCAGAGAACAGGCGUUGCCGCAGGAGAGUAAUGUUGAUUUCAUGGGUGGUAUCGAUUACAAGAAGGGUUGUUACGUUGGGCAGGAGUUGACAAUCCGGACGCAUCAUAGGGGUGUUGUUCGCAAGAGGAUUUUGCCUGUUAUACUGUAUGGGAUGGAAGAGAGUGAGCCGACUACCCUGGAAUAUCAUGCUGAGAAGGUUCUGGGUGCGGAGGGUAUCCCAAGAGAGACAGGCAUUGCGAGAUUCGAGAAGAGGGGGAGAAGUGCGGGCAAGUUUCUAGCCGGUGUAGGAAAUGUUGGACUGGGACUUUGUAGGCUGGAGACUAUGACAGAUGUGCAGGUUCAGGGCGAGGCAGGUGGGUACAAAGUGGGUGAUGAGUUCAAGGUCGAGUGGGAGGGAGAGAGUGGUGAGGUACAGAACUUGAAGAUUAAGGCGUUUGUGCCGCCGUGGCAUUUGAAGCAAUAG